AUGAGACUGGACGGGACGCGGAAAGGAGCGAGACAGAAUACGGACAUGGAACAAAAAAUGAAGAAGGCGAGACGAGACGCGGAAAGGGGCCGGACCGGACAUAAAAAUAAACAGGUCGAGCGGAAUGGGACCAGGCAUGGUGAGACGCGGAAUGGACAAAGUGGAGCGGGACAGGACGGAAAGAGACGCGGAAAGGAGCGGAAGGAGACGUGUCGUUUAUGGUCACGUGGUACGGAAGAACAAAAACUUAUGUUAACACAAAAUCAUGGUACAAUCUACGAAAAAAUCGUCAACCGACGUUUGAGCGCCCGACAUUUGAGCGCCGACAUUUGA